GUGACACGCUCUGCUAUAAAUGCAUUUCCGCAUCUUCCGACAGUCCUUUCCUGUCUACGGCCUAUUGGAAGAUGGCGGUGCAAAUCUCCAAGAAGAGGAAGUUCGUCUCAGACGGUAUCUUCAAGGCCGAGCUGAACGAGUUCUUGACUCGUGAGCUUGCUGAGGAUGGAUACUCGGGUGUGGAGGUGCGUGUGACCCCAACCAGGACCGAGAUCAUCAUCCUUGCCACAAGGACCCAGAAUGUUCUGGGAGAGAAGGGCCGUCGCAUCAGAGAGCUGACAGCAGUGGUCCAGAAGAGGUUUGGCUUCCCCGAGGGCAGUGUGGAGCUGUAUGCUGAGAAAGUUGCCACCCGUGGUCUGUGUGCCAUCGCUCAGGCAGAGUCUCUGCGCUACAAGCUGCUGGGAGGUCUGGCCGUGCGUAGGGCUUGUUACGGUGUUCUGAGGUUCAUCAUGGAGAGCGGAGCCAAGGGCUGCGAGGUUGUGGUGUCUGGCAAGCUGAGGGGUCAGAGGGCCAAGUCCAUGAAGUUUGUGGAUGGCCUGAUGAUUCACAGUGGAGACCCAGUCAACUACUACGUCGACACAGCCGUCCGCCACGUCCUGCUCAGGCAGGGUGUGCUGGGCAUCAAGGUGAAGAUCAUGCUGCCCUGGGACCCCAGCGGCAAGAUGGGCCCCAAGAAACCCCUGCCCGACCACGUCAGCAUUGUGGAGCCCAAGGAGGAGACCCUGCCCACCACACCCAUGUCUGAGCAGAAGGGGGCCAAGCCAGAGGUGCCCGUCAUGCCCCAGGGAGCACCCGUACCCACCGCAUAAAAGGGUGUUCACCAUUUCCCCCAGAUGGAAGCAAGACCCUGCUUUUUGUGUACAAAACAAUAAAAAUCUGGAAAAUACA